CACGGAGUAAUCGUGCACUACUGUCAUUUCUAUCGACAUCGCCAUCGCCCUCGCUGCCGACGCCUUCCUUUCUGGUUCUGAAACAAAACGCCUUCAUCCUCGCACCAUAUUCAUGCCAUACAGCUCCGGUUCACCAUCUCUGCAAAAAAUGGAGGCUAGUCGCAUGUACGGCGCUCGCAAGCCUAGAUUCAGCUGCGGUCAGAUCAUUGGCGAUCCAUUCGCCCUCGCUACUUCCUCGAUAGCGAUCAUCGCCUGGCUCAUCGCCUUUGUAGCUUCGGUCAUCUCCAAGAUCCAUGGCCAAUAUCCCAACUACUCGUGGUGGGCGCUUGUCUACAUGUUUUUCUGCAUUGUAGGAGUUCUGGUUACGGUCGCCUCGGACUCCGUCUUCACCUACCACGUUGCUAUUGUGGGCUUCCUAGCUGCUGGCCUCGUCUUCACAACAUCCUCGGUUAACUCCCUGGUCUACUCCUCAGAUGGUGCCCACGAAGCAGCUGCAGCCGGCUUUAUUCUCCUCUCAAUGGUUGCUAUCGUCUGGAUCUUUUACUAUGGCUCCCAGCCCACCGCCUCUAGCCGCAACGUGAUCGAUUCCUUCGCCCUUCACAGAGACAGUCGCGUGCCGUCGCGCAUGUCUCGCCAGCCUCAACACAACAGCUACCGUCCCGAGACCUCGGUAUCGCAACAACCGCAAAUGUAUACAUCGGCCCAACUUGGCGGCUUCGAGACUUCGUCGCCUGUCACCGGCUUCCCUGGAGGAGCAUUGGGAGCGAUGGAUAGCAACCGUGACAGCGGCGCUCGCUACGGACAAAACAACUUGGCUCCUCACUCAGCAGCCACAGACCGACCCAACUCUACCGCAGUAGCUCCAGCAGAGUACCCUUACCGCGCAAAGGCCAUAUACAGCUACGAAGCCAACCCUGACGACGCCAACGAAAUCAGUUUCAUCAAACACGAAGUCUUGGAAAUUAGCGACGUGAGCGGAAGAUGGUGGCAGGCCAAAAAGGAGAACGGCGACACUGGUAUUGCACCCAGCAACUACCUCAUCUUGCUGUAGGGCUUAUGCUACUCCACGCGCCGCGCUCUUGUUUGGGGACACACCGAACAACCUCUGCUCCUUUCUGUUUUUCUGCGCAUGAUACCAGUGGUCUAGGCCGCAGUCCCCUUUUUAUGUUUUGAUGUUGAAUUACUGUUUUCUGGAUUGGCAAUGGCGUCUGGGAGGGCGUUUUUUGUUUUGUUCUGUUCAAUGUGCCGGCACAGGCGCCUGAGUCUUUAUUCAUCACUUUCUUACGACGAUGGUCCACUUGCAGAUGUUUUGAGUUUGGUUUGGGAAGCGCUGGGGAAUGCUCCAGCAUGCAAAAUGGUGGAUGCGACAUCAAAUUCAAUACUGUUUGU